UCGUCAGAGAGAGUAGUCACGUCACGGAUCUGCAGCGAUCGAGAGAUGCUGAGGUGACAGUGAGAAGGAGAAAGGGACGAUCGAGGGAAGAGAGAAAAAAAACAUUAAUAUCCAAUUUGCCUUCUUUUCUUUAUGGAUUAACAGACACAAACCCUGCUGCACAUGGAAAGUAUUUCGGCCAUGGGAUUCCAAUUGAUGCCACGGCCCCUCGUGAAAACAAACGUAGAGGAUUUUUUGUAACCACACCCGGCUCCUUUUGGAUCAAGCAAGGAUUGGAAGAAGGAUCAAGGGUUCCACAGGGUCCAGAUGCCCGGCCCAGUGUGAGGCGGGCCGUUGCAGCACUCGGAGAGGUCCACCGGAGGGAUGAGCGGCGCCGCGGAACAAGCGGACAUCCUCAGUGUGCUCGUCCUGGUCAAGGAGCGAUGGAAAGUGGUGAAGAAGAUUGGGGGCGGAGGCUUCGGGGAGAUCUACGAAGCGCUGGACCUGCUCACCCGGGUCAGUGUGGCCCUGAAGGUGGAGUCGGCCCAGCAGCCCAAGCAGGUUCUGAAGAUGGAGGUGGCCGUGCUCAAGAAGCUGCAGGGUAAGGACCAUGUGUGCCGUUUUGUGGGAUGCGGCCGCAACGACCGCUUCAACUACGUGGUGAUGGAGUUGCAGGGUCGUAACCUGGCGGACCUGCGCAGGAGCAUGAGCCGCGGCACCUUCACGGUCAGCACCACGCUGCGCCUGGGCCGCCAGAUCCUGGAUGCCGUGGAGAGCAUCCACUCUGUGGGCUUCCUGCACCGGGACAUCAAACCGUCUAACUUCGCCAUGGGUCGGUUCCCCAGCACCUGUCGCACCUGCUACAUGCUGGACUUCGGCCUGGCCGGCCUGGCCCGCCAGUUCACCAACUCCUGUCAGGAAGUCCGGCCUCCUCGUCCCGUGGCAGGCUUCAGGGGGACUGUCCGCUACGCCUCGGUCAACGCGCACAAGAACAAGGAAAUGGGUCGCCAUGACGACCUCUGGUCCCUCUUCUACAUGCUGGUGGAGUUCAUGGUCGGCCAGUUGCCAUGGAGAAAGAUCAAAGACAAGGAGCAUGUGGGGAAGCUGAAGGACACCUGUGACCAUCGUUUGAUGCUGAAGCACCUUCCAGCAGAGUUCAGCGUGUUCCUGGAUCACAUCUCCAGUCUCGACUACUUCACCAAACCUGACUAUCAGCUGCUGAUGUCGGUGUUUGACAGCAGCAUGAAGACGUACAACGUGGUGGAGAACGACCCGUACGACUGGGAGAGGACGGGCUCAGACGGCACCCUCACCAUCAGCACGGCGGCCACCACGCCGCAGCACCACACCAGGCUCACUCCUGCUCACAUGGGCAUGGCCAACGCCUCCCUCAUCCCGGGGGAUCUCCUGAGAGAGAACACGGAGGAGGUUCUGCAGGACGAGCAGCUGAGUGACGGGGAGAACAACGUUCCCCCAGAGCGCCUCCCGGGGUCCCCGCUCCACCCGCUGCGCAUCCAGGAGACGGACGUCUGGGAGGAGCUGGACCGCAACCGCAACCGCGUCAGAUCAGCUGUCCGGAAGGCUGCCACCGAGGACGAGCACAGCAACAACCAGGGGCCCCAGAGCCCGUUCGCGGGGCCCAGCCUGGGAUCCCCUGUUAAGGGCCACUCUGACGCGGUGGCCGCCUCGGACCGCUUCAAGAAGCUCCGAAACAUUCUGAGCUUUGAGAUGGAGUGCAGGAUGACCCUGGAGUCCAAACCCAGCCCCGAGCGCUUCAUGGGGGCCUGCUCAGGGAAGCAGUUGGAGGACCGGGAGCCGGGACCAGGGCCCGGGGCGGAGGGGGUCCAGGGCCAGGCUGCCAUUGGUGGAGAGCGACCUGAAAGGGUGUGGCACUACGACGAGGAGUUCCUGUCUGGCGCCGGCUCCCCCAAGCCCCCGUCCCCCGGCUCCCCGGAGCACGGCGACGGCUUCGUGGCCCUCAACCUCAGCUCCGCCCAGCAGGAGGGGGACUCCCGGGGCUCCUGGGUGCUGGUGGAGCGUCCAGGGGCCUCCCCCGGGGCCAAAGCCACCUCCAGCCCCUCGGAGGAGGAGGAGCUUGAGGUGCUCCAGCCUGAGGACCAGGCCUCUCCUGGAGCAGAGGGGGGGGGCUCCAGCCCGGGGGGCUCCAGGCCGGGGUGUACCAGAGGCGGGGGUGCCCCGGCGGUCCCCAGGGUGGAUAGGCUGGAGCUGAGCGUGGGAGCCCCAGGACACCUGCCCGCCGUCACCCCCACCAGCCCUGCCGAGGCCCUGGCCGAGGGGGUGCUCACACAGGUAAGCACCCGGAGCACGACUCCUCACAGAGGACCCGUGACAGGCUGUGGGCCGGCGCAGUGUACUGACGACACCAGUAGCACCAGCACUACCAGCACUGCUGCUUUAGGAGUUAGGCCCUCUGGCCUGUCCUCCAGUCCUGUCUCAGACGGCGCCCCACAGUGCCUCCUGCUGGAGAGGCGUGAGACGGAGGCUCCACCUCCGGACCCCACGGCAGACCUCCGCUCCCCCGAGGAGCGCGGGCCCGCCCGGCCUGCCCCAGCCCCGGACGCCCCGGUGGAGACGCUAGUCAACGGGGACAGCCACGCCAGAGCCCAAAGCCCCUUGCCAGGCAGGGUGUCCUCCCCUGGGUCCCCCCAGCUCUGCCAACAGCCCCAGUGCUGGUCAACGGCCGCCUCUCCCCCCCCUGUCAGCCCCCCAGGGGGGCCGGCCCCGUGGUGCCGGACCCUGGGGAGGGGGGACCCAGGGAGGCCAGAAGCAGCACACACCGAGGGGGAGGGGACCCUGGUCUGGGUGGUGACCCCCAUCCCGGCGACCAGGCCUGCCCCGCGCACCCGCAGGGACCCCGCCCGCCGGCUGAGCCGCAUUCCCGUCCUGGAGCCCGGCAGCCUCCUGGAGGCCCCGCCCCCCGGCUCCGCCAAGGAGAAGCUGCUCCAGAAGAGGGCCAGCCACCAGGGCUCCUCCCCCACAGCCUCGCCCUCCCUGUCGCUGGACCGCCGCCCCUCGCCGCCGCCUCCGCGCUCCCCCGGGACCCCCCUGUCCUCCGCCUCCGACCGGUCCCAGGACGAGGACUCUCUCCUGGGCUCCGACCGCCAGGGCGACGAGGGCCCCUCCCUCUCCUCCUCCUAGCCCCUGUCCCGCAGGAGCAGGAUCCCACGGCCCGUUAACCCCGCCCCCACCUCUGAGCAGCUGGCCGCCCAGUUCCUGCCCAGACCCCCCCUGGGAAAACCCCCCAGCCGCCCUGCAGUGGGAGGCAGACGUCGUUACCGGAUCCGAGCUGGCAGCAACAGUGACUCGGACCUCCUGUCCUGCCUGGCCCAGCUGAUGCACGGCGGCUCUGCCCGGAGCUCUCCGCUCCACCACGGUCGCUCCGGGGCCCAGCACGGGGGCUCCCGGCUGGGCAUCUGCAGCCUGACCAACUCCCCCCACCACCACCGCAGCUCCAGCGCCUCCCCGCGUAGCUCCUCCUCCCUGCAGCGCUCGGUCAGCUCCUCCCCCUCCCGCCACGAACCCCGCGGCGGGGGCUGCCUGGGCCGAAGCCGCUCCCCGCCAAGCUUCUCCGGCUCGCCGCCUCCCCGCCGCACCUACCCCCACCACCAGGAGACGUGCUGCGGCCGGCAGGCUCGCGCCGGGCCCUUCCAACUCCCCAGGGGCAAGGCCUGCAGCCGCGAGGGGAAGUGCUCCGGCAAGCUGAGCAGAUAGUCGUCUUGCAGCCGCCCCCAGCUGCAGAGGAUCAUGGGAGGGCGAGAAUACAAUCAGGACUGUAGUCAGGAGGAGGCUGUUUGCCCCCGUCCCCGUCCCCCUGGAGUUUAGAGAAUCUCCAUCCCUCCCUCUAUGUCCCCCUUCAUUGUCCCCCUCUGCCAUCCGUCACACACCUUCACCUGUUUGCGUUCACGUCUGUCAUACAACACGAGGGGAUGUUUUCGAGACAUCCGUUUGCCUAAAGGAUAGUUUAUAGAAUUAAAGUAGGGGGAAAAAAAAACUACAAAAGUCAACUGUAUGUUUAGACUUAGAGUCUGUCAUGCCAUGAAGAGCUGUACUAUCCAGGUUUCUGGUUCCAGUUCUGGUUCUGGGUUCUAAUCCUUUUGUGAGCUGGUCCUAAUCUGCGGUCCACCCCUGCAGUACCGGACCUAGUUGCGGCUCCCCUGUCUGAAUGCUCCUAUAUAGGCCUACAGCAGAGGUGACAUGACACGCACUAAUUCCGAAUUUCUGUCCCUAGUUUGUCCUUGGCACAAUCUUGGGGACUGCAGGGACACAAUGUGUGUACAGAACGUACAGUAGUAUUUGAUGGUGACAUUGAUGAUAUUAAUAGCCUCGAUAGUGGGAGAAGCAAAAAAAAAACGGUCACGGUUCCCUCUUUUUCUCUUCCUUUCGAUUUUUAACUCAUCAAACGUCGGGCACUGUGUACUCAAAACUGACCUAAAGCGAUCAAUGAAUCGGAUCAAUCCAAGUGAUCUUUUAUACAAUCGUGUGAAGUGUGUGCACACACACGCACACACACACAUUCUGGUGCCUCAUGUGUUGGUCUGGGGAAUCUUCGGAUGGCUGCAUGGAGUAAGUUCAGGUCCUGAUUCCUUCGUUCCGUAUGUGAAUGGUACUGAACUUACUUCUGCUCUUCAAACACUAGUAGUUAAUACAAGACUCUGAGUUAGUGUCUGGUAAGUUAGUGUACGUCAUCAACGCAAACACUUCUCGUCGUGCCUUGGCACUCUGGAGAGCUUCUGGCUCUCUCCAGUAUGUUUGUGACAACCACAAAGGGAGCCAAAAAAGACAGUUGUUCAUUUGUGCCAGCUUUAAGGACAUUCUUCUUCAUGUGGAUGAAGAAUCAUAUCUUCACUGAGGAGCUGGAAACCGGAAUGUUAUUGACGUCGUCAUUCAUAGUUUGAGAGAAUUUACUCUCAAAAUGAAGAAUGAGUGGAUUUCUCUGCGAUCGUAUUAAUAAUAAAGGGAAUGUUUAGUAUGAAACUAGAUUUUCUGUCUCUAACAAAGAUUCAGAUGAAACUUUGAAUAUCUGAAUUGUAGUCAACAAAACAUUGUGUGUAUAAUGUCAUAUAUUGUGUUUGCCAUAUGAAGAUCAUGGAUCAUAUUCUAAAACAUUUCAUUCUUCCAAUCGAAUCCAAGCAUUUAUAUUGGUUGUGAGACAGUAGAAGAGAAUGUUCAUUUGUUUGUUGAUGACAUAUGGUUGUGCACUAUGAGAACCAACCAAGGUUUGUUUUUCGUCACUGACUUCCAUGUUCACUAAUCACCAACUCCUUCGCCCGAACCUCCCCCACCCUCCCUCUCUCUCCCCCACCCUCCCUCUCUCUCCCCCACCCUCCCUCUCUCUCUCCCCCACCCUCCUUCUCUCUCCCCCACCCUCCCUCUCUCUCUCCCCCACCCUCCCUCUCUCUCCACCACCCUCCCUCUCU